AAACCCGCCAUCAAAAUCCUCAGGUAGCUCUGUAGCUCCAUCAUCUACAACACUGAACCAAAGAAACGACCAAAAACAGAGAAACUGAAAUAAUGGGAGAUAUUUAUAAUACAUGUUCUUCUUCAUCGACAGGAGGCGAUCACCGUUCGUCAGAUGAAAUGUCACUUUUUCUCCAUCAGAUUCUCCACCAUUCUUCUUCUUCUUCUUCUUCUUCAAUGUCUUCAUUGACGUUGUCGUCAUGCUCUUCAUUUGCGGCUUAUUCGGGUCCACAGGCGCAGUCGUUUGCGGCGCCACUGUCUUUUCAUCCUCACCAUUCAUCACGAUCAACGCUCGUGAAGGAUGGGAUCUCGGGCUGUUUGGAUUCGGGUGAUGGAGUGAACGUUGGUUUAUUCUCGGGGAAUGUGCGAGGAGCUGCGGCUGCGACAGCUAAUGCCUCGUCUUUGUCCAUUGGAGGAACUAAUAGCGAGAACGAGACUGAUUGCGAUUGCGAAAGCGAGGAGGGUCUUGAAGCUUUGGCAGAGGAGGUACCAGCAAAGCCAGCUCCCCCACGCAGUUCAUCCAAAAGAAGCAGAGCUGCAGAAGUUCACAAUUUAUCUGAAAAGAGGAGAAGGAGUAGGAUAAACGAGAAAAUGAAAGCGCUUCAAAAUUUGAUUCCAAAUUCUAACAAGACUGAUAAGGCUUCCAUGCUUGACGAAGCUAUUGAAUACCUCAAGCAGCUUCAGCUCCAAGUACAGAUGUUGUCUAUGAGAAAUGGAAUAAGUUUGCAUCCAAUGUGCUUACCUGGAUUGCUACCGCCAGUCCAACUCUCUCAAUUAAGCAGGGGAUUUGAUGAGGAAAGUGGGUCUCAGCAUAUGAAUAUAGCAUGUAGUCUUCCGAUAAACCAAGAAAACCAAGAACAAAUUAUCUUCGAUCUCCCAAAUCAAUGUUCUGUCUCAAACCAGCUAUCAGUACCCAACAUAAUAAAUUCUGAAACUUCAUUUGGCGUGGAUUCAUCUAUCCGAGCUCAUUUUGGGCCUUUCCCACUUCGUUCAUCUACUGAGGAAAUUUGCAGGGAAGAUGUGCUGCCACAUCAUCAGCUUAAUGCAGAUCAUUCAGAAAGGAUGCCAUCCGGUGUGUAUCCUAUGGCUAGUACCUACAUAUUGUUUGAAUUUGAAAUGGGAGCUGCAGCUACAGCACCACUUCACUUUGAAACACAAGCAUCUAAUUUGAACGGCAGCAACUCUUUAGGCACAUGCAUGAUAGGAAGAGACCAAAGUGAAUGACAGGAAGAGGGGGAAGUGUUUCCUGUGAUGAAAUUAAGAUAGAAAGAGGAAAUAUUUGAAAUGAAAAUCCUCGAACUGACUUCACAAUGCCCUCCAACUUAUGUUUUGACGUUGCUAUUGGGGUCAAUCAAGAAACUGGCCUUUUGGACAUGCAUCCAUCUUCGGUGAGCAGCACUCGUACCUUCGAUGCAUUAGGUGAUUCUCACUUGGAAGAAAACUAACUGUCAUAGUUGUUAGAUAUGCCAAAGUUGUUCACAUGAAUAAAAGCAAUGUAAUUGAAUCCUAACACAGGCUGCAGCCUUAGGUAAAUUAUUUUCAUAUCUAUAAACAUUGAAUUAUAUUCUCUUGCUAGUUACA